GAAGAAGUAUACCAGGGCUAAGUACACAGAUGAACACGAUUUUUCAAUAGAGAAUUAUUAUUUGGAUGAUGGUUUUGAAAAUCUCAUCAGUGAGGAAUCUCAGCAUAAUGAGAUGACAAGAUUAUUGACUGAUCGAGAACGCCAGCUUCUCAACACAAAACAAUUUGGAGUAUUAGUACACGAGCAGAGCCGAGUUGAUGCUGAGCUAGAAGCAGUGGUAACUCUCCUUCUGAUUCACAUUUAUAUAGUCACUGCAGUGUAUCAUGAGCAUUAUUUUUAG